GGCGCCGGUAAGCUUCUGCUGCCUCUUGUCCGCCCCUAUUCCCCCUCAGGCGGCGGUCAGGCCCGGAGACCAAAUCCCGGGUUCCCAUGGCGACGCCAGGAGGCGGGGGCGCGGCGGGAGGCUCCGGCCACACGCGCGCGCGCGGCUUCUCGGGGCCUUGCUGGCCUCCUCGGUUCUCUGGGGGACCCCGGCCGCUGCCUGCGGCCUUCUUCCAGGCGAGGCCCUGCUCGGGGUUCUUCCGGCCUCCCCCCAGGCAAAACCCGCAAGGAGCGGUUUCUGGCGUGGCUGGGUCCCCUGCGGCCGAAGGGCGCCUCCCGGCCACGCUCGCUGUAGUGAAGGAGCGCGGCAGCCUGGGGCUCGUUUGGGUGAUUUCCCUCGGCGGUGGAGGUCGCUCCUAAUAGAGGCGGCGGCGGAUCACCCGAACAGCCUUCAGGAGACGUACUGUAAGACGAUAUUACUUUAAUCAUCUUCACAUCAGUAUUUAUGGAAUAGCCACAGGUGCCUCAUCCUUUAGUAGGAGUUAAUUAUAUAUUUACUGGCCGAGUAAACAUCUCCGAAUGUAUUUUUUUAGAUAAGGAAAUAAAACAUUUCCAAUAAAGCUGAAGUCUCAUCCCACCCAUCCGUUAUCAGGCUGGAGUGCAGUGGCAUGAUCGUAGUUUACUGUAACCUUGAACUCCUGGGCUCAAGCAAUCUUCCCCCAUCAGCCUCCUGAGUAGCGAGGACUACAGUCACUCCAUGGAUUCCUUUGGGCAACCCAGACCAGAAGAUAAUCAGUCAGUAGUCAGCAGAAUGCAAAAGAAAUACUGGAAAACUAAACAGGUCUUUAUCAAAGCAACAGGAAAAAAAGAGGAUGAGCACUUGGUGGCGUCUGAUGCUGAACUGGAUGCUAAACUUGAGGUUUUUCACUCUGUUCAAGAGACAUGCACUGAACUUCUGAAGAUAAUCGAGAAAUACCAGCUAAGACUCAAUGUUAUAUCAGAGGAAGAAAAUGAGCUAGGGCUCUUUUUAAAGUUUCAAGCAGAACGGGAUGCAACUCAAGCUGGCAAAAUGAUGGAUGCCACUGGCAAGGCACUUUGUUCUUCAGCCAAGCAAAGAUUGGCCCUGUGUACUCCUCUGUCUCGUCUGAAGCAAGAAGUAGCAACAUUCAGUCAAAGGGCAGUAUCUGAUACCUUGAUGACAAUUAAUCGGAUGGAGCAGGCACGCACAGAAUACAGAGGAGCUCUGCUGUGGAUGAAAGAUGUAUCCCAAGAGCUGGACCCAGACACCUUAAAGCAAAUGGAAAAGUUCAGAAAAGUACAGAUGCAAGUGAGAAAUAGCAAAGCUUCUUUUGACAAGUUAAAGAUGGAUGUUUGUCAGAAAGUGGAUUUACUUGGAGCUAGUCGCUGCAAUAUGCUAUCUCAUUCGCUCACUACCUACCAGAGAACACUGCUUGGAUUCUGGGAGAAAACAGCUCGAAUGAUGUCCCAAAUUCAUGAAGCUUGUAUUGGCUUUCAUCCGUAUGAUUUUGUAGCUCUCAAGCAACUACAAGACACUCCAAGCAAGCUUAGUGAAGACAAUAAAGAUGAACAAAUAGGCGGUUUUCUUACUGAACAGCUCAAUAAGCUAGUUUUGUCUGAUGAGGAAGCAAGCUUUGAGAGUGAACAAGUUGCAAAAGAUCUACCUGUAGAUUCAUUGGAAGGAGAAGAUUUUGAGAAGGAAUUCUCAUUUCUGAACAACCUCCUAAGUUCUGGUUCUUCAAGUACUAGUGAAUUUACCCAAGAAUGCCAGACUGCCUUUGGGAGCCCCAGUGCCAGUCUCACAUCCCAGGAGCCUUCCAUGGGGUCUGAGCCCCUCGCUCAUUCUUCUCGAUUCCUUCCUUCACAACUCUUUGACCUUGGCUUUCAUGUGGCUGGAGCAUUCAACAACUGGGUCUCCCAAGAGGAAUCAGAGCUUUGUCUUUCACACACUGAUAACCAGCCAGUGCCUUCACAGAGUCCAAAGAAAUUAACAAGAUCCCCCAACAAUGGCAACCAAGACAUGUCAGCCUGGUUCAAUCUGUUUGCAGACUUGGAUCCACUUUCAAACCCAGAUGCUAUUGGACACUCAGAUGAUGAACUUCUUAAUGCUUGACUGAAGUUAUAAUGUCACUUCAGUGGCCUUGAGACAUCAAUUUUGCAACGUAUUUCCUUCGUGGAAAGGAUUUAGAUUGUAACCCGCACACAAAAGCACGGUGUUUGUGAAUAUAACACCUGUCAGCCAACUUUAGACAGAUGGUAAAGACCACAUUUGAAUAAGUACACAUCUUUCAUAUCUUGGAUUUGCAGCUGUUGGUACUAUGUGGAAAAUAUUAGAAACUUCUAUGUGGAAGUUUCUAGAAACUACAGAGUCUGCAAUAUUUAGAUACUGAAAUUUAUGUCAAAAUAACGGCUAGGAAUAAUUCUGUCAAUAUGGAGUUGAGCUUAUUUCUUUGGAAACCCUUUUAAGUUGCCUUGCUGGCUGUGAGAAUUUUAUAUGUGGAUAACAAAGAUAGAUAGAUAGCAUGUAAAUUGGGUUGUGGUUUGGGGUCAGUUUUUAAAUGAAAUAGUAGCGAGGAGGAUUUUCUGUUUUGGAAAACACCAUUAGAACCAGACCAGCUUUGUUUUGGGUUAGAGAGAGAGAGUAAGAUUUGAGAACUCAGUUUGCUUUAAUGAAAUCACAGAGAAACUUGGUACUUGUUUUUCUUCAUUUGGAGGCUAAAAUGUAAUGUUUUUUCAUUCAUACAAAAUAAUGGACACUCCCUAAUUCCAUUAUUAAAUCUUGAAGGGGAAGUAGCCGGAUAAUUAAUUUGCUAAGCCCAUCCUCUGCAGAAACAGAAAAAUCUAUCUUCCCAUCUCCUAAAACUCAGAAUGCACAGUAAUACUUAAGGCUUGUACAAGUAUCUAUCUUCCCAUCUCCUAAAACUCAGAAUGCACAGUAAUACUUAAGGCUUGUACAAGUGUCUUCAGACCCACUUUUUCAUACACUUGCUAUAUAGUAGUAUGCAGUAUUUAUAUUAUUCCUGAAAAUAAAUAAAAUGAGGGGAGAAUAUUCCCUAAGCAACUGGCAAUAGUAUUCCUUAAAUACCUAGAAAUUUCUAUCUGAAUGAGGGAGACACUUACUUAUGAACACUUUAUCCUUACAUAUAUUUGCAUACUUAUCUCAUAUUUUGUGACAUAAUUAUUUAACCCAGAAUACUUUCUGGCAGACAUACAGAAAGCUCUGUGUGAUCAAUAAGGGAGUGUCUCAUUUUUCUACUUCCCUCUUUCUGUGGGUGACAUGAUCUGAGGUUCUAUUUGAUUACUAAGCAAAAUCUGUUACCCCUACAGGGUUUAGAACCUAAGUAUUAGAGAGGAAGGCUAUUUAAUGGAAGUUAGUGUAAGCUGAUAAAAACGUAGCUACUGUACACACACAUCAAUCACUCAAUUUCCUGUCCUUUUAAAUUGCCCACCCUUUAAUUUUGAAGCAAUUUCCCAAGUGUGUGUUUGUUUUAUAUUUGUCAUCCAGUCCAUUGCAUUUCCAUAAGAAGACAUUUUGACUGGCUGGGUGUGGUGGCUCACGCCUGUAAUCCCAGCACUUUGGGAGGCCGAGGCGGGUGGAUCACGAGGUCAGGAGAUGGAGACCAUCCUGGCCAACAUGGUGAAACCCCGUCUCUACUAAAAAUACAAAAAAUUAGCCAGGCGUGGUGGCACGUGCCUGUAGUCCCAGCUACUCCGGAGGCUGAGGCAGGAGAAUGGCGUGAACCCGGGAGGCGGAGCUUGCAGUGAGCUGAGAUGGCACCACUGCACUCCAGCCUGGGCAACAGAGCAAGACUCCGUCUCAAAAAAAAAAAGACAUUUUAACUAAGUUAUUCACAGUAGCUUCCAUGUGCUCUUAGUUCUAUUCUAAACAGACUUAUUUAGAAAAGGAUUGCUUGUAAUGUUUGUCAUGGUACAUAGAAAACACUGGACCAGAGUAGGUAAAAUGCAGUCCAUGUCCCAUCCAUAGCCAUCUACAAUAGUAACUGCCCACAGGCUCUCCAGAAAACUACUACAAUGGCCAAGUACAGUAUAGGCUGGAAAGACCUUAUCUGAAGGUCAGAAACAUUGACUCAGAAAAAAGGUAUGAAGUCUUUCCAUAAAAUCUUUUCAUAUUACUCCUAUUUCUUUUAGAUUUUAAUGAGCCAUUACUUAUCUCUUCAGAAGACUUAAGUCUUCCUUUAUACUCAGUGAAAUUUCCCAGAAUGUAAUACUGUCACUUUUCUGCCAAGUUCCAAUCACCAAGAUCAUGAUUACGAAUCCCAAUCUGAAUUCUAUACCCAUGGUGACUCUCAUGCUCUCAACUUUUGAGUGCCUCAAAAAAUGCUAAAACUUUGGCUGGGCAUGGUGGCUCACGCCUGUAAUCCCAGCACUUUGGGAGGCCAUGGCGGGUGGAACAUUUGAGGGCAUGAGUUCGAGACCAGCCUGGCCAACAUGGUGAAACCCUGUCUCUACUAAAAAUACAAAAAUUAGCCAGGUGUGGAGGUACAUGCCUGUAAUCCCAGCUACUCAGGAGGCUGAGGCAGAAGAAUUGCUUGAACCCAGGCGGCAGAGGUUGCAGUGAGUCGAGAUUGCACCACUACACUCCAGCCUGGGCAACAGAGAGAGAUUCUCUCAAAAAAAAAAAAAAAAAAAGCUAACUUUAUGUCUUGAGAGUUUGUACCAUUUUUCUUUGUAGUGGUCACCUUGCUAAUGCAUUAGUUCUGAGAUAUUUAUCUCCCUCACAUGUGUGCAAGGAAGUCCCUGUUAUCGAAUACAGAUACUUUAACAAGCAGACAAAGCAGAAACCCAAAGUCCAUACUAGGAACACCCUAAAUUUUCCAAAAGCAAAAGUUCCCCCGAAAUGGAGACAUACAAGGGACUUUUAUUAUUCUGUUACUAGUUUCUAUAACAUUUCUUCUUUCAACAGAGUAUAUGUUUCCCAUUUAACCCAGAGCAACAUUAACUUCCUUAGCAAGUCCAGUUCUAACUUCCAACAAGUCCAACCACUGUUUUUGAAGAGCAUAUCAGUAACUAUAUUAAGAUGAAGGUAACCACAUUCGUAUUUUCUCAAGAUUAGUUAUUUGAAGCUCAGCAGUUUUUGUGGUCAGAAAGAAAUUUUGCUCUAUUAAACCAAUACUGCUAAUAUAAAAAACCACCACACUGAAGAAACGAGGGAAAGGACGGGAUAAGCACAGAACAGAGAAUGACUGGUUGCUUUUUGUCUCAAUCUAGAUAAUCCAUUCAAUAAGAAGUAAAUUAAUUAUCCUUAACCAAUGGUAGGCUGAGAACAACCCUCAAAAUAGGUAUUUUUUAUGUUAAAUGGGGAGAAAUAGCUAUACUUUAUUUUAUACUGGAUAAAAAUGUGUUUUAAGUCUAAAAAAACACCAGAUGAGCUAAACUUUGCCUAGUGUGUCUACAACCAUUUUUUAGGAGAUGCAGGAAUACCAGGGCAUAAUAAGAUCAGAUUGGUGUAAUUUUGUAUGUUUUUGAAAUCCUUCAUUAAUUGUAGAACCUUGAUAUGAUUAGAAACAAACUGUAUUUCAACAAACAGGUUUCAGUAUUUGCACACUGAAAAAGUGUUUUGUAUUUUAACUAUAAAUAUUUCACGUAUCUGUAUAGACCAUCUAGAAAUGUAGAGGUCUUACAGCAUUAGAACGAAGGAAGUUUACAUGUGCUCUAUUUUUCUGAGCCUCUUUUAAUAAAGAUUGCAAGAAGGCAUAAAACAA